AAGACGAAGAGUUGUUUACGAUAAUUCAACACACAUUUUUGUGAUAAACCCUCCGGGUUCUGCAACAAACGUUUUUCUGUGUCUUCAAUCUUUUUUCCACUUAUUUGGUGUUUAAAAAAUGAAUGAUCUGAACAACGGAACACCUCUUAGAAUUGUCGAACUUGUGUCUGAGAAUGAUCAUCCACCAGAAAGAGCAAAUGAUGAGUAUGUGCAAUUUGCUCAGAUUUCUGUAGUCUCUGGAAUUCAAGAAGAGCUCAUCGAAUUGGUAAAGAAAAAGUUAUUGGAAUCUAUUGAACUUCAGCAAUUCAUUGUUGGUAGAGAUAUUGAAUUUCAGGAAAAGUAUAUUGCAUCACUGACAGAUGGUUUGAGUCGAUAUAACAAUCAUAAUGAAUUGGAAGAAAUUCGAAAUGAGAAGCUAAGUUCAGAGGAAAGGCAUUUUGAGUUGGAAUCAGCAAGAAACAAAUUAAACGGUCUAAGAAUUCAAAACUCGAAUUUUGGAAGAAGAGAGCAGAAAGUUUGCAGUUUUCUGAGUUCUGGGUUCGAGCAAGUUCGAAUUUUAAGUUCAACUGCUGCUCAUGAUGAAAUUCGCUACAAAGUGAAUAAUGCAUCAUGGAUUUGUUCAAUUAACAAUUCUCUCGCUUUACAAAAGAUUAAAUUAAUUUGUGAAAAAUUUAUCGAAUUGAAAAAGAAAGUGGAAAUAACGUUUUGGUCAUCGGAGAUUGUAACACUUCUAGAAAAACUUGAUCAACAACAGAAGAAUGUUGCAUUUGGAAUGAUUAUUGAAAUUGCAACUUGGGAAUAUGAAAACUCAAACAAUCGAAAUUUACUAAAACUGAUAAACGCUUUGCUUGAUAACGAUGAAACGAAGAAGGAAGUACUUGUGAAUUGCGAAAAUUUGUUUUCAGUCGAAACGCCACAAAUUGAAAAAUGCUUGGCAAAUUUGAAUAUUCUUGUUGCCUUGCUUUUGAAUAUAAGUCUUGAAAAUCGGAUCUACAAAGAGAAGCUUGAGCAAAGUAUUUGUCAAUUAAUUGCUCGAAUUUUUGGGAAUAGAAAGUUUAGAUCAAGCCACAUGAUGUCGAUUAUUGAAGUGCUCGAAACUGUUGAACGAAAAUUUGGUCGUUUUUCUGGAAAGUUUGAUAACAUGCUCUCACUUCUUGAAUCGAGAUCUCAUAUGCUUGAGAGAUCAGAGCAACACCGGGUGAUAAAUUUGAUAAGAUCCCGUUCUUCACAUUCUCCAAUUCCUCCAGAAAUAUUGGCAUCUGCAUACUCAUCUGGUGCAAGUAUUCGGAAUGUUACCGUAAUUGAACACUCACAAUCAGCACCAAACUAUUUUCCGCAUAGAACGAGAGAUGAAAUUAAACGAGAAGUUCAAAUGGAAUAUGAAAGAAGAUGGAGAAUAGAAGAGGAAGAAAGAUUAGAAGAAAUACGAAGAAAAAAGGAAGAAGAAAGAAAAAAGAAAGAAGAAGAGGAUGAAAAGAGGAGGAAAGCGGAGGAAUCAGAAAGAGUUCGAAAGUUGAAGGAAGAAGAAAAAAGAAAAAGGGUUUUGGAAGAGGAGAUGGAAAUGAAAAGAAAAAAUGAAGAGGCAAAAAUUAAAUUAGAAGCUGAAAUGAGGGAGAAAGCGGAACAAGCUGAAAUUAAAAGGCGUGAGGAAAAAUCGAGAGCAUUAAAAAAAUUGCAAAAAGAAGAAACAAACAAAAUGGAGCAGAUGAACAAUUGUACAUUUCUCCAAAAUGUUCCUCUCUUCAGACAUCUACAUCCAUCAGGAUCAUAUUCUGAACGAAUGCUCGAUGGAAAGGUUAUUGGAUUGUAUUAUUCCGGUUAUUGGUGUCAACCAUCUCGUGACUUUACACCAAUUCUCGCACAAUUCUAUAGUCAAGUAGAUAAGAAUUUCGAGAUAUUAUUUAUUUCAAGCGACAGGAGUGAACAGGAGAUGAAUUAUUAUUUGCAAAGUUCUCAUGGCGAUUGGUUCCAUUUGCCAUUCGACUCACCAAUAAGCAAGCAUUUACAGCAGUUCAACACUAAAAAUGCGAUUCCAACAUUGAUAAUAAUAAAGCCAAACGGAACAGUUAUUACUGUUGAUGGACGAGAUCAAGUGUCUAGUUUUCUCAACAACCCGCAAGCAUUGGUUAAUCACUGGAAGUCUGUAUAAUUUCUUUUUUUUUUGUAUGUAUUUAUGUUUUUGGUUAAUGUUGUACUUGUUAGUAUAAAAAUCAUUUCAUGAUAUUCGCCGAUGAUAUCAAGCUACUUGGUGACAAUGUCAGCGCUAUUCAAAAAUCAAUCAAUGUCGUGACCGAUUGGUGCGCAAAAUGGAAAUUGAACCUUGCUGAAAACAAAACCAAUGUUAUCCACUUUGGAAAGCGGAAUCCAAAAAAUGAAUAUUAUGCAAACGGAAUGAAAGUCACCAAAAAGGACUCAGUGAAAGACCUUGGAAUCUUCGUCGACGACAAGCUGAACUUCCAGAAGCACAUAAACAUCAUUUCGAACUUAGCCCUUCUCAAAUGCCGGCAGUUACUUCGAUCCUUCCGCUCAACAAAUGCCAGCCUUUACUUCAAAUUGUACAAUAUCUAUGUGCAGCCAAUAUUAAACUACGGAUGUGAAAUCUACAACCCGAUCUCUAAAAAUAUGAUUAAACAACUGGAGUUCCCACUGAAGUUUUUCUCGAGAAAAGUCUUCCAACGCUGCAAUCUAUCAUACUCAUCAUAUGAAAACCGUCUAGCUCAGAUGAACCAAAAGUCAGUUCAACACCUGCGGAUUCUUCAAAUAUUGAGGACCUAUCACAACAUCCUGUCUGGUGAAUACCACUUUCCGAAUGCCGCAUCAACUGUGAGGAAGGCUCGCUCGCCCAGAUAUCCGUACAUGAUGUGCCCUUGUGGAUCAAUCAACGAAAGCUUCCUACUAGUCAAUCUUCACCUAUGGAACCGUAUGUCCAAGUUACUUCCGGGGACAAUGAGCCGUCAAAUGUUUGCAUCACGAUUAAAUUCUAUCCCGUUUAAUUAUUUUUCCCACACAACUUGAUCCCCUUAACUACUUUUGGUUUACAGGAUCAUUCAAAUUAUUCAAGUCUGUUUCUCCCGGUGAUUAUUCUAUACUUUCUGUUUUGUUACGACGAUUUGAAUAAAUAUAUAUAUAUAUAUAUAUUCAAUGCUUCGAGAGAAUAAAUGGGAAUCUGAACGAGAAA